CCCACUGGAACUCCCACAGGAACUCCCACUGGAACUCCCACAGGAACUCCCACAGGAACUCCCACUGGAACUCCCACUGGAACUCCCACUGGAACUCCCACUGGAACACCAACAGCCGUCCCUAGUGCAGAGCCCACUUUUGUUGAGGUACCUACCAAGACUUUCAAACCUGUUAAAAAGUGCAUCUCUCCUGUAGAUGAAGCAGGAAAAUAUUGCCGUACGCUCAUGGCGGGUGGCGGUGGUGGUAGUGAAUCUGCGGAAGGUGGUACUGACGUUGGAACGGUAUGCUUUGAAGCUAUUAAAGAACCCAGCAUGUCACUGUCUGUUGUUGUGACCACGAAGCCUGGCUACAACCUUGUUUCAAGUGGCCUUUGGGUAGGUGAUGGAUACGGUGGCACUAUGCCAGUGGACGACUCUGGUGUGCCACAAGCACCAUGGUUCCCAUACACUUGGUCUAGCACUUCUUACGGUGAGACUACCUGGGAGACUUCAAUUGUGAUCUCCGCCAAGGAUGGAACCUGUGGGGCUUUCAUGACAGGAUUCAGCAUGACCACAAUGACUCAAGUUACUGUGGAAGACUCGGCUGGUACACAGCUUGAUGCCUAUUCAGUUGAGGAAGACUUUGAUGGAUCUAGCUCCGCUCUAUACUCCGGCACCGAGAUGAUGGUGGAUUGUGAAUGCCUAUGCACAGAGAUUUGUGUUGAAACCCCCGAGGAUUCUUCUGUGCGUGAGGAAUGCCAUGACCUCAUGGUUGGGGCCAACAAUGGUGCCAAUGUCACAGCAGGCCAAGUCUGUAUUGAAAUUGUCGAUGAUGAAACCAAGUUCCAAGUCACUUAUACUGCAACAGGUGAAUGGACUUUGGUCUCCACAGAGUUCUGGAUUGGGGAAAGCAUCUCCUCUGUACCUCUGGAUGACGGGGAGCUGAACUCCGAGGCAUUCCCAUACUUCUGGUGCAAUUCUACAGGAGAGUCUGAAUGGGUCAGCAAGUUUGACUUCAAGUGGUCAUACAAUUGCUUGGAUAUGGACAGUUUCACAAUGGCUCUUGUUGGGCAAGCUACUGUAGCUCAGGUGAAUUCAACAACCGGUGAAAUUGUCGAGGACUCGGAAGUUGUGGCUUUUGCUUAUGAAUACGAUGGUCCAGUUGCGGAUGAUAUUUUCUCCUGGUUUGACAUUACUGUGAAUUGCCACUGUGUGAAGGAUUGCUAUCCAAAGGAGGACAAGUCAGGACCAGGACCAGGACCGACCACACCAGAGAUCUGUGUGAAGCCAAUGGAUGGCUCUUCUGGCCCUAUGGAACACCAAGCAGUUUAUGCCGGAAAUGACACCCAGAUUGGUGCUGUCAGUGUUUCUGUAUCCAAGGAUUCAAGCCAUUUGGAUGUUUCCUUUGAAUCAACCAGAGGCUGGACGCUGCUCAGUACUGAAUACUGGAUUGGCGACAGCAUUGCUGCUGUUCCAGUUGACCAAGCCGAAGGUGGUGCCCUGGAUGUGGAAAACUUCCCUUACUACUGGUGCAAUUCUACAGGAGAGACUACCCACACCUCACAUGUUGAGCUCAAAUGGUCGUACUUAUGUGAAGAUGAGGCUGAGUUUUCUCUGGUGAUUGUUGCACAAAUGACUCUGGGUCAAGUGGACAGUGAAGGUGUCUUGAUCGAAGGCACCGAAGUGAUCACUUAUGUCACAGAGCAUGAAGUUUCAACAGCCGAGGAAAUGUACGGAUGGUUUGAUGUCACCGUCAUGUGCGAGUGUAUUCCCGAUGACAGACAGCCACCAAAGAUCACUGGGUUAUGUGUUGCCGACGAAGAGGAAGAGGCAAAGGAGUGCCAGACUGUUUACGGAGGGGAUGCCACAGAAAUCGGAGUGGUGUGCGUUGAAGUCACAGGGGAUGACAUGGAUUUUGAAGUGACCUACACUGCCUCAGACUCUUGGGCGUUGCUCUCAACUGAUCUGUGGGUUGGAGAAGCAGUUUCCGCUGUCCCGAUGGAUGAUGGCGAACUGGACACAGAAAAUUUCCCAUAUUUCUGGUGCAACUCCACAGGAGAAGACACUCACACUUCCCUUGUUCCGCUGAAGUGGAGCUACCUCUGCGAAGAGUCGAAAACCGGAGGAUUCCACAUCUCCUUUGUGACACAACUUACUGUCGCUAAGGUGAACGAAACAACAGGGGAAAUCAUCGAGGGCACUGAAGUGAUGUCGUAUGCAUCCGUCGUAGAAACUGAGAUCAACGAUGUCAUUGUCGGAUACUUCGAUGUGCCUAUCAGUUGUACCUGUGUCAAGGACAGAUCCGCCUCCGGUCUCCCAGAUAUCUGCGUGGAAGACUUGUCAGACGCCGACACCCCUCCUACCAUGGAAUGCCAAGAACUUGGUGAUAAUGUUGGUUCUAUCUGUGUCCAGAUGCUCCCUGAUGGCGAGCUUGAAGUUCACUUCGAAGCCACUGGUGAUUGGUUGUUCACUAACAACGAAUUCUGGAUUGGUGAGGACAUUGCAUCUGUUCCUGUCGACGACGAGGAAGACGGAGGUGGCCUCGAUGUUGAGUCAUUCCCCUACUUCUGGUGCAACUCCACUGGUGAGGACACUCAUCGAGCCCAUGUCCCCUUCAAGUGGUCGUACUUGUGUGAAGGAGAGGAUGAAUUCAGCCUUGUUGUGGUUGCCCGCUCCACCGUGGGCAAGUUGGAUGCAAACGGUGAAAUCUCGGAAGAGGACUCUCUUGUCGCGUACACGAACGAGUUCCAUGGUACAGUCGGAGACGAAACUAUUGGCUGGUUCGACAUCAAGAUUAACUGCGCCUGUCCCCAUGGUGAAAUCACGUCAACCACCACGGACAAGAGCUUUGACACUGCCGACGACGAAUGCCCAGGUGGUGCCGUUGUCACUGUGAAACAAAUUGACACAUUCAACUAUACGGCCGAUCUCGACACUACGACUUCUUCCGACGAGCAGAACUUCACUGUUCCCGCUGAUGCCGACAGUAUUUCGCUUACCUUCCUCCUUGAGCAGAAGGGAUCCUGGGAUAUGGAUGACAAAGUUGUUGUCAGCUUGAAUGACAUCCCUGUUGAUCUUGGAGCCAUUGAAGAUUACGACCAUCAUGCCAAUCCAACCAACGCUGCCAGUGGCAUUUCGGGAGGUAUUGCGUGGUCCAGAUUCCGUCUUGACGGUGGAAGCUAUGCGGACAAGUUGCAUCAAGUUGAUGUCAAGAUCCCCGGUGUCCUGGCAGCGGACGGUGUCUUGGCGGCGCUGUUUGAGUUUUCGACCAGUGAAUCUUACGACGACCAGUCAGCCUCCAUUUCGGACGUGGCUAUGACUGCCGGUGGCAGCUGGUGCGACAAGGAGAUGCGUCGUUUGGAUCUGUCGACAUCCGAUGCUGCUACGCCUUGCAACAAGGAUGUUGUAUUGUUCAAUGAAGACUACGAGACGGGCACCGCAGCCGGUUGGGCGAAUGGUUUGAUAGCCUUGGACGAGACAUUCGGUCACUUCCUUGGCCGACUGGGUCGCGAGAACCGUGUCAUGAGCAAGGCCUUCGCCGUCCCCGCAAAAGCCGAGUCGUUGACGGUUGCCUUUAGUGUGUACACUACCGGUGCCUCUGCCUGGAAGGACACGGAUCAGUUCCGUGCCAAGGUGGGUAUUGCCGACAUCAACCUAGGUGAUUUCACUCUCGCCCAGGCAAGUGGCACUACGCAGGAUGUUGCAUGGAGUCGUGUCGAGAAGGAACACAACCAUCACGUUGUCCAUUUGGAAGUCCCUCGUGAGUAUUUCCUUGCCGGCAAGUUGUCGCUAGCCCUUGAAGUGAGUGUCCGUGAAGGCAUCCAUCGCAAGAGUGCCGGUGUGGACAAUUUGGUCAUUACUGCGGUCGGUGUGAACGCGUGCGACGGAAGUGUCGAAGAAGGUGAAGAUAUUGUCCGUGGUGCCAGUGGUUUCCGUGUCAGCAGUUUGGUAGAUGUCUACGAGCCCGAAGCGGAAGCGGAAGAAGACGAAGACGAAGGCCGCGGAUACUGUCAUUCGGAAGAUUUCCCUUGUGGUGACGAAGAAGGCAUGGUGAACGUAUGCCAUUACAGUAUCACAAGCGGUUAUCAGACGUACUGUUUGAAGGAAUCCGACUCUGAUUUGGUCCGCACGUACCCUGACGAUUACUGCGGUCCUUGUGUUGGUGGAUACGGUGGUUCCUUGAAGGAUCAGAAGCAGCAGCCUUAAGAGCUGUCUGUUGUCUGUUUGUUACGGAAUGAUACUGUGAUUUUGUGCGAGGUUGUCGACUCGACGGAUGUUGUCAGAGUUGACCCACGCAAAUCACAGUUUGUUUUUCAAUAUAUAUGUUGAUCAAGAUUAUUGUUGUUGAUUGCUUUGCGGUGUUUAGUUUAGUGAAAAAGAUAAGCUAGCGCCACUUUGAAAUCGUGUACUGUCACAUCGUCACAUCUCUUGUAUCAGGACAGCCGGCAGUGGAGGCAGCGCAACGUAGCAGAGGGUGGGCAAGCGGAUCGGGAUUGCAUCCACUGGAUCCACAAAUCGAAUGAUAUCUCAGAACCUCUCCGCUUGCUGCUAGCUAGCUAGUCAAUUAGCUGGCACCGGUUGUAUCUCAAACUACCGAAGGCAUGCUCCCUCAACAACUUUGAUUUCGCCAACCCUCUCCAGGUUGGUCUUCCAAAGAUUUGUGUUUUUACGGCGACCAAUAGCUGCCCUUUUUCACUGGGUAGAAUUGCUACCAGAUUCUACACAGAAUCUGUUUUUGGUCCUCUUGCUGAGGAGUGCAACACACACAGCCAACAGCUAACGGCCAUCAAGAAACCAACCUCAUGCCAACUGCACAACUGCCAUCAAGAAAGAAACCAACCAUCCCUGUCGAAGUUAUCUACAUUGCCAUUGAAGAGUAGUGUAGCAAGAGCUAGCGCUAUAGUUAGGAAAAGGAAAAGGGAUCAUCGAGUUGGUUGAUUCCAUCAAGUCUGUGGACGAGGCAGAAGAGAACC